AUAACGUCCACACGCUAAACUCCCAGAAUGCUCCGCGGCUCGCUGAGAAGGUGACAGAGGAGGUGAAAGAUGGCGACAGCUUACCUGACCCACCAGCAGAAGGUGUUGAGGCUCUACAAGAAGUCUCUGAGACACCUGGAGUCAUGGUGCAUCUUCAGAGACAAAUACCGGUUCUACGCCUGCAUGAUGCGGGCUCGCUUCGAUGACAACAAGGAGGAGAAGGACUUGGUGAAGGCCACUAUGAUGCUAAAGGCAGGAGAGGAGGAGUUCUGGUCCAACCAACAUCCCCAGCCCUACCUCUUCCCCGACUCUCCUGGAGGGACCUCCUACGAGAGAUAUGAGUGCUACAAGGUCCCAGAAUGGGUGCUGGAGCACUGGCACCCCUCAGAGAAGGCCGUGUACCCUGACUACUUCUCCAAGAGGGAGCAGUGGAAGAAACUGAGAAUGCAGAGCUGGGACAAAGAGGUGGCCCAGCUGAAGGCCGAGACUCCAGCUGGCGGCCCCAAGAACGAAGCCCUCCCUCCAGCCCGUGUGGAGGGAGAACUCCCCCCUCUGUGGUGGCAGUUCGUCACCCGACCCAGGGAGCGCCCCACAUAAACACCCUCCACCUCCUGGGGUCGGUCACCCCCCCACACAGUCAGAGGGGAAACUGUCUUCACCACACAAAGACUGGCUGACCUCUUGUUGAAUUACCAUCCGUCUGUAAAGAAGUCACCUGUGCAGGUUGCAUGGCUGAGAAAACAACCUGCCUGAAUGAACACGGAUCCUUCAGGAGUCAGUUUAAGGAAGUCUGUGACUUUGGGAAGUCCUGUAGAAGAAUCAUUGUUCCAAUAAAUAAAUAAAUAAAUAUAUGAUGUAAA